ACCGAAGUUGCAGUGCUGAAAAGAAAUAUGGGAAGAAGAACAGAUGCUUACUUGCCUGCUAUGGCCAUGAUCGGACUGCAAUUCAUCUAUGCCGGAGUAGCUCUAUUCACCAGGGUUGCUCUGGUGAAAGGGCUGAGUCCCAGGGUGUUUGUUGUCUAUAGGCAGGGUUUUGCAACCUUGCUCAUUGCCCCUAUAGCUUUCGUCUCAAGGAGGAAAAACUCAUCAAGGAGCAGUUUGGGGUUGAAGGGAUUUGGAUGGAUAUUGUUUGCUUCUCUUCUUGGUGUUACAGCCAAUCAGAACGCAUAUUUCGAGGGGCUAUACUUGUCGUCUUCAACAGUAACAAGUGCAAUGACCAACCUAAUCCCAGCAGUCACCUUUGUAUUGACUGCCAUUCUUGGGCUGGAGAAACUUAACAUACGAAGCCUGACAACUUUAGCCAAGAUACUAGGAACUGUGAUCUGUGUGGGUGGAGCCAUUUCCAUGGCGUUGCUCAAAGGUCCAAAGCUACUAAACACACAACUAUUACCUCCAAAGUCUUUGUUGGGCACUGGAGGUGAAACCUGGUUGAUGGGGUGUCUACUUCUGCUUGCAAGCAGCUUUUUCUGGUCACUUUGGAUGGUCUUGCAGGUACCAAUUUCAGCAAUCUGUCCAGAUCAUUUGUAUUCAUCAACUUGGAUGUGUUUCCUGGCCACACUAGAAUCAGCAACAGUGGCAUUGUUGGUGGAGAAAGAUGUAGGAGCUUGGAGUCUGAACUCAUAUCUAGAUCUUUAUUGCUGUUUAUAUACGGGAAUGGCAUUGGCAGUGUCGUUCUUCGUUCAAGCCUGGUGCAUUUCACGACGAGGUCCACUCUUUGCUUCCGUGUUUAACCCUCUAUGCACUGUUAUUGUCGCGGUAUUUGCUGCUGUAUUCCAACACGAGGAGACAUACACAGGAAGCUUGGUGGGUGCUUUUGCGGUGAUUGUGGGUUUGUAUAUUGUGCUAUGGGGUAAAGCUAAAGACCUUGAACAAAGGGAACAUGAGUCGGAUCCAACGCUGCUGAACGACCAGACAAGGGUGGUGCAAGAUGUGUCAUCUGACAAGAGUUGUCAAGUUGAUCUGGAAACACCACUUCUGCCUGAUAAGUUCACCGACGGUGAUGAUAUGGGGAUGAAUCAGAACUGA